UAUUGACCCUAUGUUUAAAUGAAAUAUUAAUUUACCAGUGGGUCGAAAUUGUAAAUGUGUAAACUUUGUAUAAAAGAUUUGUUGAAGGAAUUAUGAUCAUCAUCUCUGAUCUUACAACAUGAUUUUCUCAGAGAUGACGUUAGCUUCACACAGAAUCUAUCGUCUGAGACGAAUAGAACAUUUUAGUGGGUCCCAGGUGCUUGAUCUUUUUAAAGAUAAAAAGUAGAAGUCUCUUCAUCUGAUCAGGUACGAACAUAAGCGCACAAUUUGAUGUGCCAUUUUCACCCGAGCUUUGAUCAGCCAGAAAGGGGUCCCAUCUGACCCCAUUUUUAUUGAAACCAUCGACACUUGAAGACGUUAGUUUGUCCAGUCUGGACACUAAACAGUGGCCCACGAUAAUAAAAUCCUACGUGUCUGACCAAUCACAUGGACAAGUUCCAGGUUCCAAACUGCCGAAGCUAAAGUUUGUGGGACCAAAACCAAUUGCAAUUCACCACGUGUCAAGAAAAAAGCCGGGUUGUUGAAUGGAAAUGAAGGGAGGCAGGGGAAAAGCUUUGUAUUUUUCAGGUUUCGCUCGUCCCCAACAUGGAAUAACCUGAGCCCCCCUCCUGUCCUGCUUCGUUGUCACGAUCACCAAAAACCACAAACAAGAAAAAGAAGCAAAAUAAACAUAGAGUUUAUUGUCUUUAUAAGAGAAGAAGACGAGAGCGAGUGAAAGGGAGGGGUAUAAUAAUGGAGAAUCAUAAGGAGGAGGUGAAAGAAAGAGAGGAGGACGAGGGACCAAUGGCGGGGGAGGGGGCGGAGGAGGAGGAAGAGGAGGAGGAGGAGGAGGAGGAGGAGGAGGAAGGGAAUGAUGUGACCAGCUUGACUCUUGAAAGGGUGGCUGCGGCUAAGCAGUUCAUUGAGAGCCACUAUAAAGCCCAUAUGAAACAUAUCCAAGAACGCAAAGAAAGGCGUUCAGUGUUGGAAAAGAAGUUGGCAUCUUCAGAUGUUCCAGAAGAGGAACAAAUCAAUCUGCUGAAGGAUUUGGAGCGCAAAGAGUCAGAUUAUAUGCGGCUUAAAAGGCACAAGAUUUUUGUUGAUGAUUUUCACCUUUUAACCAUUAUUGGAAGAGGGGCUUUUGGAGAGGUAAGAUUGUGUAGAGAUAAAAAAUCAGGUGAUAUUUUUGCCAUGAAAAAGUUGAAGAAAUCAGAAAUGCUUAGUAGGGGACAGGUUGAACAUGUGAGAGCUGAGAGGAAUUUGCUAGCGGAAGUUGCCAGUCACUUCAUUGUGAAACUCUAUUAUUCUUUUCAAGAUACUGAGUAUCUGUAUCUAAUCAUGGAGUAUCUGCCUGGUGGUGACAUGAUGACUUUGCUAAUGAGAGAAGACACCCUAACUGAGACUGUGGCUAGAUUUUACAUUGCUCAAAGUGUUCUGGCCAUUGAAUCUAUUCAUAGGCAUAAUUACAUUCACAGAGACAUUAAACCUGAUAAUCUUCUGUUGGACAAAAAUGGUCAUUUGAAGCUCUCUGACUUUGGUCUUUGCAAGCCUUUAGACUGCAGAAAUUUAUCUGCUAUAAACGAAAAUGAAACCCUGGAUGAUGAGAAUUUGAAUGAAUCAAUGGAUGUUGAUGGGCACUUCCCUGAAUCUGGUAGAGGAAGGCGCUGGAAAAGUCCCCUUGAACAAUUGCAGCACUGGCAGCAUAACAGGAGGAAAUUGGCAUUUUCAACAGUUGGAACACCAGAUUAUAUUGCACCUGAAGUAUUGCUCAAGAAAGGAUAUGGCACAGAGUGUGACUGGUGGUCGCUUGGUGCUAUCAUGUAUGAAAUGCUUGUUGGUUAUCCUCCAUUUUACUCUGAUGAUCCAGUGACGACAUGCAGAAAGAUUGUGCACUGGAAAAAUCAUUUGAAAUUUCCAGAUGAAGCAAGGCUGACACCUGCAGCAAAAGAUUUGAUCUGUAGGUUGCUUUGUGAUGUUGACAAUAGGCUUGGUACUUCAGGGGCAGACCAAAUUAAAGCUCAUCCUUGGUUCAAAGAUACUCCGUGGGACAAACUCUAUGAAAUGGAAGCAGCAUUUAAACCACAGGUUGAUGGAGAUCUUGAUACUCAAAAUUUUAUGAAAUUUGAUGAGGUGGAAUGUCCAAUACCAGAAAGAACAGGAUCUGGGCCAUUGAGAAAGAUGCAUUUAACUCCUAAAGAUCUUAAUUUUGUGGGCUAUACAUACAAGAAUUUUGAGGCUGUCAAAGGAUUACGUCAUUCUUUUGAUGUAAAUGGGAGUGCGCCACAAAGGCAGUCAUCAACUGACUCAUUCCACAGUGAUUCUGGUGUGGACUACUCUUCUAAUGAUACGGAAACAAGGAUGCUUUGACCAUCAGGGGAGAUGGUGGGUCCCUUGGAGUUGUGGCUCAUUCCUUUCCAUGUAUAGCACCUUGCAUAAUGGAUAAACAGGCUCUUCUGAUUUUUGAAUAAUGAGUCUACCUGCUUAUUUCGGUCAGGUUCUACCCUGAUUUCGUUAUUGAAGUUUGCUGCUUCAUAUUCAUCGAACUAAUAAGUGUUUAGUAAAUAUCAAUUGGAAUGAGUUCUUUGAUGGGGUUGGUUGAUAGUAGCCAUAAGUAAGAGUUUUAUGUUCAUUUAGUCUUUUUGAGAUUGUAUUCAGAUCCUAACUCUCCAGAUUCAGCGAGCCAUAGGAAACGGCUCUUGUGGCGGUUUCGGCCCUUUUCCCCUCCUUUCUCGAUAGUUUAGGGAAUUGCUAAAAUGUCUAAAUCAAUGGUCAGGCUCUGGAAUCAUAACACAGUGACAUUGACUGGCAUUUACAUGGAAUCCUUGUUCUUUGGUAAUGAACUGCAAAUCAUAUGUAUUUUGUUUUGGGGAUGUUCUGUCUCCAUAUCCCCAAUCUCUUGAAUCAUUUUUUUUAAUCAGAGAUCAACUUUGGAAGAAUCAGACGCUUUGAAGUUUGAAUAAAGUUGAACAGCAGUUGUAUAAA